UGUCACCAACCUCAGCUUCAUUUGAUCUAUUAGUUACUAGCUCUCCGUGUGUCUGCGUGCGCGCGCGUGCGUGUGUUUGUUUUGAGUUUGAGAUGGCGUUAAGAACUGGGGUUGGUAUCGUAGGAGUCGCCAUUUUCUUGGUCGUAGUUUUGAAUAUUUCGGAGGGAUCACUUGCAGCAAGAUUCAUUGUUGGUGAUUCUGCGCGCUGGAGCUUUGGCUACAACUAUACUGAUUGGGCUAUUAACAAUGCCCCGUUCUUUCAAUAUGACACACUGGUGUUCAAGUAUGAUCCUCCGAAUAGCACAACAUUUCCACACAGUGUGUACUUGAUGAAAAAUCUCCGUAGCUUUUUGAUAUGCGAUCUCAGCAAAGCCAUACUCGUCGGGAACGUGACGCAGGGGGACGGUCAGGGGUUCGAGUUUCUGCUGAAGAAGAGGAAGACUCACUACUUUGCGUGCGGGGAGAGUAACGGCACCCAUUGCAAAAUCGGGCUCAUGAAGUUCUCCGUGCUUCCUAAACGACCUUGCGAGGCCUAAACCUUUUUGAAGUAUUAAGCUCCUCUUUUUUUAAUUUGUGAUGUUGUUAGAAUGUAAUAGGAGUGUUAUACAGGUAUGGCUCCAAAAUAACAGAGGAGAUACCUUUGUAUCCCACGUUACAAGUGUUUAAGUGAAAUCAAGUGCUUUGGUUCUUAGUCAA